AUGACUUUGCCCACCAAGAAAGAACUUCAACAAGCGAUCGAGGAGUACAUCUCCACGCUGGCUAAGCCUCUUCGCGAGUUGAACAAGAAAAUUCAUGAAGCCCCGGAGUUGGCAUAUGAAGAGCACAAGGCUCAUGAUGUGAUUUGUAAUUUCCUUGAAUCCCAGGGAAUAUCCACAACUCGCCACGCCUACGGUCUCUCCACUGCAUUUGAAGCGGUCGUCGGCGAGGCCCCCGGACGCUGCAUCAACUUCAAUGCCGAAUACGACGCCCUACCAGACAUCGGACAUGCAUGUGGCCACAACCUGAUUGCCACAGCCAGCGUCACGGCAUUUGUAGCUCUGGCAUUCGCGAUACGAAAAUUCGGGCUCCCAGGCCAGGCCCAACUAUUGGGAACGCCAGCAGAGGAAGAUGGCGGGGGAAAGAUCGAUCUGAUCCGCGCCGGAGCUUACGAAAAGGCCGACAUUUCGUUGAUGAUGCAUCCCGUUUCCGAGGAGGAAUUCGCGACCCACGACGUACGCGGAAUUGGGGGUCGUACUUCCAUCUCCUGCUACGAUCUAAUCACCGUCUACAGGGGAGUGAGUGCGCAUGCAGCUGAUAGUCCGUGGGACGGUAUCAAUGCGCUCGAUGCGGUAGUGUCGGCGUACAAUAAUAUCUCUAUGCUGCGGCAACAGAUUCAUCCCACCGAGAGGAUCCAUGGAGCUAUCGUGCAGGCACCGACUGUUACGAACGCUAUUCCCGAGCUCACAAGAGUAAAGUACACGAUUCGGAGUCCCACUGUCGAAAGGACUAGAGCACUAGGUGAUCGUGUACGGAAAUGUCUGGAGGCGGGUGCUCUCGCUACAGGAUGCAAGAUCGAGGUGGAGGAGACCGCAGUAUAUGCGGAUUUGGUCGUGAAUCCGCCGCUGUGUAAGGCAUUUAAGGAAUGUAUGGGCGAUCUGGGAGAUCAGGUCUUGGAUUCCGAUGAUACCCCGGUUAGCGCCUCCACAGAUCAGGGCAAUGUCUCGCAGAUCAUACCGGCACUCCACGCGCUCAUUGGGAUCCCGGUCAAAGAUGGAGCACGAAACCAUACACGGCAGUUUACAUUUGCUGUUGGGACUGAAGAAGCGCAUGCUAGGACCAUCACCACAGGCAAAGCAAUGGCCAUGACUGGGUGGAGGGCGCUCGUCGACGACGAUUUUUACCGGGAUGUGAAAACGGCAUUCACACCUGGCAAGAAGAUGUAA